AUGACACGCUACUGCAAUGUCGUUAGGAAACUGGAAAAGAACUUUGAAGGACUGGAGCUCCACCAUAUUCCACGACUCAAGAACCAGGUAGCUGAUGAUUUGGCCGAACAUGGUUCCACUCAGAAGGUAGUCCCUAAGAACAUGUUCCUGGAGCACUUGCACUUGCCCACGAUCAAAGAAGACCCUUUCGUGGAGGAGACCCCACAGCCAGUCAGACCGUCAAAUUCGGCUGAGGUUGACAUUCCUGCAGUAAUUGGCCUGGCCCAGGAGAUUCUUGUGAUCACUCCCGAGUGGACCAAACCGUACAUCGCUUACUUGCUCAGGCAAGAACUCCUGAAGGAUGAUGUUGUGGCUCUUCAGAUCGUCCGUUGA